GCCGCCGCGGCGCCCUGGUGGCGCUCAGCGGCUCGGAGAAGCUCGAGGGUGACACCGGGCCAUCGCCUCAGGGCGCGGGCUGGGUGGCGAUCCGACGGAUCCCCAUGGGUCCCGCGGUGUACAUGCGCGCGGAGAGCGGCGCGGACAUUCGGUUUCCUGGCGGUGCUCCUCGUGCUGAUGGACGCCGCGAUCGCCCGGCCCGGCGAGACGCGGCGCCGCUCCCGGUGGAGAAUACCAUCCCAGGAUGGUUGCUGGACGGGCCGCGGACUGCGCCGUGGUGCGCCGAGCUUGUAGACAGGAAGAGGUCUGGGCCCAUGGAGCAGUUCUCGGCCUUCGCGGCCUUCUACCACCUCUCGAAGGACGACUACGGGGUGAGCCACAACGAGAGCAUCAUGAAGAUUAUUGAGCACCCCGGCUGCUGGGACCAGCUCAACCUCCCCGACCUCGCGGGAGUCGAGCUGGCGGCGCGGCGGGCGCAGCUGCACGAGUACACCUACUCCAUGGGGCACGAGGCUCAGCAGGCCAAGGGCGCCAGCGGCGCGGCCAGCGAGGGCGGCGGCAAGAAGAAGGGUGGCCGAGGCCGCGGUGGAGGCCCCCACCGCUUCGGCAUCGUGGGCGAGGCGGCGGCAUUCACGGGGGCGGCGAAGGAGGACGGCCGUUCGAUGAUAUGCCUGUUGCUGGAGCACGUCUCCAAACAAGUGGAGCGCGACGCAGGGAUACUGAAGCAGAUCAGGAAGAAGCGCCCCCACUCCGACGGCGCGGUCAGCGAGAUGACCGACGCGCUGAACGAGCUGUGGGGCGCGCCGCUGGACGAGCGCGGUCAGGCGCCUUCCAGCACUUCGACGCCCACGGCUGGCCACGACCAGGUCUUCGCCGAGCUCAGGCAGGCCGCGCCGAGGAUUGGCCCGUGCCCCGAGGAUCUGGGCGGCCCAGGGGCCCUUGCGGAGCUCCAGAUAUUGCAGUCAUACGAGGGCAACGCCACGAUGGUUGCACCCGUGAGCUUCGACCUUGUCGACUCCAUCUCCGUGCCUCCAGCGGGUCCGCGGCGAUUCCACGCGGGCCCUGCCCUCCGCCACCCGCGCCUCUACGCUAAUGUGGCGUGCAAGCUGAUGGCCGCUGGGCUCGUGGACUUCCGCGGUUCGGCAGGGCGUUCAGUCGGCCUGUUCUUCGUCAAGAAGAGGAACGGGCAGCCUCGCAUGAUUCUGGACGGCCGCCGCGCGCCCCCCCCCCGCUGCGACGCGGCGGGCCCCGUGGAGCUGGCGACCGGCGCAGCCUUUUCGCAGAUCUCUGUGGGCGGCGACCAGCCCAUCGCCCUCGGUGGCGCGGACAUCUCGGGCGCCUUCUACCAGAUCGAGGCGCCGCCGUGGCUCGGGCGCUUCUUUGGCUUGCCGCGGCGGCGCGCGGGCGAGGCGGGCCUGGGCCGCCUGGCUGGCGGGGCGUCGGUCAAGGCGUCGGCCCCGGCGGUGCCUCGCGUCAGGCGCCCGCCCACGGGUUCUAGCAUCAGCCUGUGGAUCUGCCAUAGUCUCAACGAGGGGGUCACCGCCCGCGCCCUUCCUGGCCAUUUUGGCCGGCGCCUGGUGGACCGCCGCCAUGCGCCUUCGCCGUCGGAGGGCAUGGCGCGCCCCGUGCACGCGGACAACUUCCUCGCUACCCCCCGCUGCCUGGGCGAGGUUCGCGGGGCCGCCUCGAGGGCGCAGGCAGUGAUGGCGGCUUCUUCUUUGCCGACUCACCUCGUGGAGGCCCCCGCGGGGGGUGGCCCGCCGAGCUGGCACUUCGACGAGGCCGAGCCCCUGACGGGCCUGCGCUCGCGGCCGCGGUGGCGCCCGCGGCUGGGCGUCGGCGAGAUCCUG